AUGGAAAUUUCUAAGCAGAGCCUCUCUAAAUUAGCCACUAUAAUCUCCAAUCUCUCUAAGACCACUCACAGUUUCAUUAUUGAAACAAGAUCCUCCAUUAGGAAUCUGGAGGUCCAAAUUGGUCGGCUAAGUAAGAGGAUCCCAGAGAUCCCUUCUAACACUCUUCCAAGUAACACUGAAGUAAACCCAAGAGAAAAGUGCAAGGCCCUCAGUAUAGGAGCUAAGGCCAAAACUGAAGAGGAACUUCUGGCGUUGAAUGCCUGUGAUGGAAUAGCUGGGUGUUCAACGCCCAAAGAGGAGCAAGUUCUAGCAUUAAACGCCACAAUAGGAGAGGAUGGGCGUUCAACGCCCACUAAGGACCUCCUUGUUGAAGAACUAAAAGAAACUAGAACUCAUGAGGAGAUCAUAGAGGUUCCCUUGAAUGCCUUGUUGCAGAUUAUAGACUCUGAAGAAUACUCCUCCUCUGAUGAGGAAGAGAAAACUACGGAAGAGCAAGUCGCUCGGUACUUAGGAAUUUUGGUAAAGCUAAAUGCCAAAUUAUUUGGAACAGAGACAUUGGAGGACGAACCUCCAAUGCUCACCAAGGAACUCAAUGCCUUGGUUCAACAGAAACUACCUCAAAAGCUGCCGGAUCCCAGACGCUUCCUAAUCCCUUGCACCAGAGGGACAAUUACCUUUAAGAAGCCUUUAUGCAACCUAGGGUCAAGCAUAAACCUCAUGCAUCUCUCUGUAAUGGAGAGGCUGGGAAUUUUUGAGGUGUAA